CAGUCGUCACUCACCUACCAUUAUUUUUCCCCAACAAACGCGAGCAACAGUUUUGAGCUCCAAUGGCGGCUUUAUCGAUGACUCUGUCAAAUCCGAAGUCGUUCUCAGCUGCUCCACGAAGACUUUCUCCGAUCAAUACCUCCGCUCUUACAUCUACCUCUUUCCGAUUGCGCACCAAAUCUUCCUUCGAUUCAAUCUCGUUCUCGUCUUCAACUCCCUUAUCCGCCUCAUCGCUCCUCCUUCACACGUCUUCUACCAAAAGAAACCACCGCUGCUUCUCGAUUCAAUCCAAUUCUGAGAUUGUUACGGAACCUCAAUCGAAAAUAACACACAAGGUGUAUUUCGAUAUAAGUGUUGGAAAUCCAGUGGGGAAGUUAGCUGGGAGGAUUGUUAUUGGAUUGUAUGGUGAUGAUGUUCCCCAAACUGUCGAGAACUUUCGUGCGCUAUGCACAGGUGAAAAGGGAUUUGGCUACAAGGGUUCUACAUUCCAUCGUGUCAUCAGAGAUUUCAUGAUUCAGGGAGGAGACUUUGAUAAGGGGAAUGGAACUGGAGGUAAAAGUGUAUAUGGCCGUACAUUCAAGGAUGAGAAUUUCAAGUUAUCCCAUGUCGGACCAGGAGUUCUGAGUAUGGCAAAUGCUGGCCCUAAUACAAAUGGAAGUCAGUUCUUUAUCUGCACUGUUAAGACGUCAUGGUUGGACGGAAGGCAUGUGGUGUUCGGGCAAGUAAUAGAAGGAAUGGAAGUGGUGAAGCUGAUAGAGGAACAAGAGACAGACAGAGGAGACCGUCCCAGAAAGAAAGUGGUGAUAGCAGACUGUGGUCAACUUCCAAUGUCUGAAGCUUAAAAGUAAGAUCAUUAACCAAAACCUUGUAGACAUGAGAUGGAGCCUGUGUUUGCAUUUUACAACCCUUUCUUUUGUGUAAUGGAUUUGUAUCCCCUUCUUCCUGACCUGCCAAAAAUUUAAGAAAGAAAUAGGCUUGAA